AUGUAUAAUCAAAUUAAUCUUAGGUAGACAAUGACUGCUAUGUUUCAAUUAAACAUAAAUCGAGCAAAAAAAGAAACAAAAUUACACGAAACCUCAUUUUCUCAAAUAAGUACAAUUUAUGUAAGUAGAAAGGAACGUAACUAUAUAAAGAACCCCACCCUAAUGAAUCGAAGCGUACAAUAUUAAAGGUUUGUUCUCAAUGAAAUAGGAUUGUAUAUUAUUGUACAAUGUGAAUUAAUUACACAUGUGUAAUAAAAUAUUUAUUAUAUCGAACAAACAGUUUUAUUUUGUAUAAUUUGGAUUUUAUACUUUAGAUUAAAAUUUGUGGUAAUUUUUUGAAACAUAUUUUUGAUGUCAUAUGUGCUUUGUGUUCAGGCUUAUUUGGUCAUGUGUUGUGUCAACAAUAAGGACGCUGAUUUCUAUGAUUGUUAAAUAACAAUUUAUGAUGUUAUAUACGUAAAUGGAAAUUGAUUAAAGGUAAUAAACAGUUAAUAGUAGUAUAAUUUUAAAAGUCAAAGGUCUUUUCGAAGAUUGUAUUAAAUAUUAUAUUAAAGUUACCUGAAGAUUAUAGUGCCACUCCCUAGCUUAUGUGGUCAUAUAACAUGCAGUCAUGCAAUUAAUUCUUUGAAUUUUACUGUUGAAGUAAUUAUUUUUUUUUAAAUUUUUUGUAUUAUUCUUGUUAUGUAUAAUUAAUAAUAUUAAAGCAAGGCGGAAAAUGAUUAAUAAUUAGAAAUUAACAUUUAUAUAUUUUCUCUGAUAUUAUUUAUAUUUAUAAUAAAAAUAUUAUAACAGUCAUUUGAAAUAUAUUAUGUUUUAUUACUUAAUUUCUUGUUAUAGAUAAAGAAGGAAUGAUUGAAUUUGUACAAUUAAACAAUAUAUUUUUAUUUCAGAUUAUAAUCAAUUAUAUUGAAAUAAUGAUGUAUUAUAUACCAAAGAUUUUAAUAUAUAUUCUCAUUGUGUCAAGUAAUGCACAAAACAUCUUAUAUGGGGAACAAUAUCAUCAAUGUCCACAACAUUGGAUAAAAUUUCAAGAAUCAUGUUAUCGUUUUAUAAAGAGUCCUAUCAGAAACAGGCAAGAAGCAAGAAGAAAUUGUGAAGCUUAUCAAAGUGACCUUGUUACAAUUAAUUCCUUGGAAGAACAUGGAUUUAUAUUAUAUCAAUUAUUAUGGCAAGAUCCACAACACCGCAAAUGGUAUACUGGUAUACAAUACCAAAAUGGGAACUGGAUAAAUGAAGCUGAUAGUACUCAGUUAUUAAAUAUGGAUAAUGCAUUUCUACCUGAACCAAUUGAUAAUAUAUUUGGUGGAGACUAUUUAGUGUAUUCUUAUCAUAAUAAUUUACAAAGGUGGGGACUGGAAAAAGUAACUGGCAAAGAUAAGUUGUUAUACAUUUGUGAAGCACCAAUUUCUAACCUACAUAACUUAGUAGAUGAUGAUCGUACUUAUCAGUAUGGCAUUGAAAUUGAUAAUCCCCAUGAAAUUCCUAGAGGACCAUACUUCAUUAAACAACCUACUGAUAAAGUAUUUGAUUUGUCAAAAAGAAAAAUAAACAAUGAUGUUACACUGAGUUGUUUAGCAGGUGGUUUUCCUGCGCCAAUGUAUGAGUGGUUCAAAGAAGAUUAUGAAAAUGAUAGACUGAUUGCAACAAAAAUAGAUCCAUUAAAUAAUAUUAGAUAUACAGUUAGUGGUGGUACUUUAAUUAUUUAUGAACCUGAUCAGGCAGAAGACAGAGGCUCAUACCAUUGCAAAGCAACAAAUAAAUUUGGUACAAUCAUAUCUGAAAGUGUGGAACUGUCAUUUGGAUAUAUUUUAGAAUUUAAUUUAAAACGUUCAGAAGAACGUGGGGAACAAAAUUGGGGUAAAGCUGUAUAUUGCGAUCCACCACAGCAUUUUCCAGGAGUCAAAUAUUAUUGGGCACGUGAUUAUUUCCCCAAUUUCGUGGAAGAAGAUAAACGUGUUUUUGUCUCUCAUGAUGGAGCACUUUAUUUUUCUGCAUUGGAAAUGAUCGACCGUGGCAAUUAUUCUUGUAAUGUUCAAAGUGUUGCCUCUGAUACUGGUCGUAAUGGACCAUUUUUCCCCUUGAGGGUUGAUCCACAUUCCCAAUUCCAUCAUACAAUUGGACAAGACGAGGUGCAUCACUGCCACGUGGAUCAUACACAACUAGUUUUAAUCGGGUAUUAAUAAUUGCAAAAGUACACGUUGAUGAUCAAGGAGAGUACAUUUGUAGAGUACAUAAUGAUAGAUCGGCAAUUGAAAAUUCUGUAAGGCUAACUAUUCAAGCAGCUCCGAACUUCACAAUUCCAUUAACAGAUAAACACAUGGAUAAUAGAGGAGAGUUAACUUGGACUUGUGAAGCAUUUGGAAUACCAGAUGUUUCUUAUAAUUGGUUUAGAAAUGGUGAAAUACUGAACAUGGAAACGCUUCCUCCAGAAGAUAGAGAUCGAUAUUCUAUACAAGAUAAUGUUUUAAGUAUAAAAUAUCUGGAUCCAGAACGGGACCAAGCUAUGUAUCAGUGUCCAUUAAAACCAUCUUUUAAAAAACGACCUAUGGAACCUGAAACUUAUGCAGCAGAGAGAGGUAAUGUUACAAUAUAUUGCAAUCCCGAAGCUGCACCUAGACCAAAAUUUGUGUGGAAGAAAGAUGGAAAUGUGAUUGGUUCUGGUGGUAGGCGUCGAAUUUUAGAAACUGGUAAUCUAAUAAUUUCUCCAGUAUCGAGAGAUGAUGAAGGUACCUACAUUUGUACUGCAACAAAUCAAUAUGGAAGUGAUGAAACUCGUGGACGCUUAAUAGUAUUACGUGGCCCACAGUUUAUGGAAAAAUUACCACAAUACAUUACUACCGCAGUGAUGCAAAAUCAAACACUGCAUUGUAUGGGGGAAGUAGAUGAAAUGCUGGAUGUAGCUUAUAUUUGGAAACAUAAUGGUUUACGUAUUAGAGACGAAGAUUUAAUGAACAAUCCUAGAUUACAUAUUGAUGGAGAAGAACUUAACAUAAUAAAUGCUACAUUUGCGGAAGCAGGAGAAUAUGAAUGCAUAGUUAAAAGUGCAGUAGGUGAAAUUUCCAGUAAAACGACAGUUACAAUAGAAGGACCACCGGGACCACCUGGUGGUGUACAAGUUGUAAAUAUUGUAAAAACUUCUACAACUUUACGCUGGACCGAUGGUGCUUUCAAUGGCAAACCUAUUACUAUGUAUACCGUAAGCGCAAGAACAAAUUGGAAUCAUACGUGGUUUAAUAUUAUAGAAAAUAUAACUGCUGUUGAAGUAGAUAGAUACAAUGGUAGAAAAGAAGCUUAUUUGGAAAAUGUUUUAAAUCCUUAUACUACAUAUGAGUUUCGUGUAUGUGCUUUUAAUGACUUAGGAUACAGUUUACCAUCAUCGCCUUCUCCACAAUAUAGCACACCAUCAGAUAAACCAACGAAAGUUCCAUCUAAUAUAGGUGGAGGAGGAGGAAAAAUUGGAGAUCUUACAAUAAUAUGGGAUCCUUUACCGCCAUCUGAACAAAAUGGUCCAGGAAUCUAUUAUAAAGUUUUUUGGCGUCAAAAGCGUCACGAAACCGAGUUUCAAUCAUUAUCUUUAAAAGAUUAUGGCAAUGUUGGAAGAAGUGUUGUUCAAAUACAACAGCAAUAUUAUUAUACAGAAUAUGAAGUUAAAGUUCAAGCCAUUAAUGCAUUAGGUUUUGGACCAAUUUCUAACGCAGUUACGAUAUUCAGUGCUGAAGAUAUGCCCCAAGUAGCUCCACAACAAGUUGUUGCACACAGCUACAAUAGUACUAGCUUGAAAGUUAGUUGGUCGCCAAUUGAACAAACACGCGAAAAGAUACGAGGCAAAUUGAUAGGGCAUAGAAUAAAAUAUUGGAAAGAAAGUAAUAAAGAGGAAGAUGCAGUUUAUUAUUUAUCUCGAACUGCGAGACCUUGGGCUCUUGUAGUUGGUUUGCAACCAGAUACUUAUUACUAUGUUAAAGUAAUGGCUUAUAAUACUGCUGGAGAAGGACCUGAGAGUGAACGAUAUUUAGAGAGAACUUAUCGUAAAGCACCGCAAAAACCACCAUCUUCUGUCAACGUAUAUGGAGUAAACCCUUCAACAGUUCGAGUUGUUUGGCGCUAUGUGCAACCAAGUUUAGAGGAAGAACCAUUAAUAGGUUACAAAAUACGUGUUUGGGAGUUAGAUCAAGAUAUGAGUACCGCAAAUGAUACUAUUAUACCAGGUGGUUCGAAAUUAGAAGCUUACAUUACAAAUCUCAGUCCUGGAAAAGCAUAUCAUUUACGUGUACUUGCAUUUAGCAAAGGAGGAGAUGGACGUAUGUCAAGUCCAACUCAUACAUUCCAAAUGGGUGAUGCAGCUGCUUUUAGAAGCAGUGCGGGUAAUAAAAUUCUGGAUGCUGCUUUAGAUUUCUAAUGAGACUCAACCAUCAAUUUUAGAUAAUACAAUAGAUGGUUGUCAUAAAUUGACAUUGUAUGAUAAUGUUGACAUGAACAUGAAUGAAUGUGGAAUAUAUAUUUUAAAAUCUCAAUUUUUUAACUAAAUAUGUUGCGAUUUACAAGUCAAAAAUUAUGUUCGAGACAAAUGUUGAACAAAGUUUCAAAAUUUAAUAUUAAACAAGCUAGAUAUUUGAAUUUACUCGAAUAUCAGAGCAAGGAGCUCCUAAGAGAUUGUGGAGUUUCUGUACAAAAUUUUGCUAUUGUGGAUGAUUUAAAUAAAGCGAAUUCUGCAUUACAGAAAUUAAGUGCAGAAGAGUAUGUUAUAAAAGCUCAGGUACUAGCUGGUGGCCGUGGAAAAGGAUGGUUUGAUAAUGGUUUUAAAGGAGGUGUACAUCUUACAAAAGACCGUAAAGCUGUUAUAGAUGUUGCGAAAAAUAUGUUAGGCCAUCGUCUUAUUACAAAACAGACAUCAAAAGAUGGUAUAUUGGUACAAAAAGUUAUGAUAGCAGAAUCUGUAAAUAUUGCACGUGAAAUGUACAUUUGUAUUCUUAUGGACAGGCAGUACAAUGGUCCUGUAUUAAUUGCUUCACCAGCAGGUGGUAUGGAUAUAGAAACAGUCGCUGAAAAAAGUCCAGAAUUAAUAAAAACUAUACCUCUUGACAUAUAUUAUGGAAUAAAUGAUGAGAUAGCUAAAGAUGUUAGCAUAUUUCUUGGUUUUGUGGAUCCAACGAUACAAGAGAAAGCAAUAUAUGAAUUAAAAAAUUUGUGGAAAUUAUUUGUAGAUAUUGAUGCUUUACAAGUUGAAAUUAAUCCAUUGGUUGAAACUUUAGAUAAACAAGUUAUAGCAGUAGAUGCAAAAAUAGCAUUUGAUGACAAUGCUCAAUUUAGGCAACAAGAUUUAUUUGCCUUAGAGAAUAGUGAUACAAAAGAUCCUAGGGAAGCAGAUGCAUCACGAUUCAAUUUGAAUUAUAUUGGUAUGGAUGGCAAUAUAGGAUGUUUGGUUAAUGGUGCUGGUUUGGCUAUGGCUACUAUGGAUAUUAUUAAAUUAAAUGGUGGAUCUCCAGCAAAUUUUCUGGAUGUGGGUGGAAGUGUAAAAGAGGAUCAGGUUUAUCAAGCAUUUAGAAUUCUUAGUGAAGAUCCAAAAGUAAAAGUUAUUCUUGUAAAUGUAUUUGGAGGUAUUGUAAAUUGUGCUACAAUAGCAAAAGGAAUUAUUACAGCAUCUCAUAAUUUAAAGCUUAAAAUUCCACUUGUUGUUAGACUAGAAGGUACUAAUGUAACAGAAGCAAAAGUUCUUCUUGCAGAGAGCAAUUUACCAAUUGUUACAGCAAAUGAUUUAGAUGAAGCUGCAAAAAAAGCAGUUAAUUCUGUGAAAACAUAA